AUGGGUAACGUGAACGCGAGAGAAGAAGCGAAUAGUAACAACGCAUCUGCCGUCGAAGACGACGACGCUGAGAUUUGUUCUCGCGAAGCCAUGGCUGCUGCUUCCGACGGUAACCACACCGCACCACCUGAGCUCAUGGGUCAAUCCCCUCCUCACAGCCCUCGAGCCACCCAAUCUCCUCUCAUGUUCGCUCCCCAGGUUCCGGUGCUUCCACUUCAGAGACCAGAUGAAAUCCACAUCCCGAAUCCGUCGUGGAUGCAAUCGCCAUCUUCGUUGUACGAAGAGGCUUGCAACGAGCAAGGGAUCCCAACGAUGAUCACAUGGUGCCAUGGAGGAAAAGAAAUCGCUGUGGAGGGAUCAUGGGAUAAUUGGAAGACGAGAAGUCGGCUUCAGAGAUCUGGGAAAGACUUCACUAUAAUGAAAGUUCUUCCUUCAGGCGUCUAUGAGUACAGAUUCAUUGUCGAUGGACAGUGGAGACAUGCCCCUGAGCUUCCUUUAGCUCGAGAUGAUGCUGGAAACACUUUCAACAUCUUGGACCUUCAGGACUAUGUUCCUGAAGACAUUCAAAGCAUAUCUGGCUUUGAGCCACCACAAUCUCCAGAGAACAGUUACAGCAACUUGCUUCUCGGAGCUGAUGACUACUCCAAAGAACCGCCUGUGGUUCCACCGCACCUACAGAUGACGCUGCUGAACUUGCCGCCGGCAAAUCCGGACAUCCCGUCUCCGUUGCCGAGGCCUCAGCACGUCAUUCUCAAUCAUCUCUACAUGCAGAAGGGCAAGAGCGGUCCUUCUGUCGUCGCGCUCGGUUCCACUCACCGCUUCUUAGCAAAGUAUGUAACCGUGGUGCUCUACAAGUCCCUGCAGAGGUGA